CGGGGACAGGCCCGCUCACAUGGGAACGAGUGCGGAUAUGACUGGCUGUGUCCGAGGGACUGGGGCGGGGUCAGGCCGGCGGCCCAGUGUGGGUUUCCGCUGUUGGCGACGCCAAGAACUGGGCCCGCGGCGUCCGGCGCCUCCGACUCGCCCCUGGCCCAGUCCGCGCCCAGGUCGAGUGCCCCGGCGCCGGCCCCCGCUCAGCCCCUGGACCUGGGGCGGCAGCUGCAGGAGCGAGCCGGCGCGCAAGGGCGAGGCGGCCGGGCAGACGCCAUGUCCAUGGAGGACCCCUUCUUUGUAGUGAAAGGGGAGGUCCAGAAAGCAGUGAACACUGCCCAGGGAUUGUUUCAGAGAUGGACAGAGCUCCUCCAGGACCCCUCCACGGCAACAAGGGAAGAAAUCGACUGGACCACCAACGAGCUGAGGAACAAUCUGCGCAGCAUCGAGUGGGAUUUGGAAGACCUUGAUGAAACCAUCAGCAUAGUUGAAGCAAACCCUAGAAAAUUCAACCUCGAUGCCACUGAACUGAGUGUAAGAAAAGCCUUCAUUACAAGCACACGGCAAGUCGUCAGGGACAUGAAGGAUCAGAUGUCGUCCUCGUCUGUGCAGGCGUUAGCUGAGAGAAGAAACAGACAGGCACUGCUAGGAGACAGUGGCAGCCAGAGUUGGAGCAGCAGAGCCCCAGAUAAGUAUGGGCGCCUGGACCACGAGCUGCAGCUGGCCAACUCCCAUUUCAUCGAGGAACAGCAAGCACAGCAGCAGCUGAUCGUGGAGCAGCAGGAUGAGCAGUUGGAGCUGGUCUCUGGCAGCAUUGGGGUGCUGAAGAGCAUGUCGCAGCGCAUCGGCGGGGAGCUGGAGGAGCAGGCAGUCAUGUUAGACAGUUUCUCACAUGAGCUGGAGAGCACUCAGUCUCGUCUGGACAAUGUGAUGAAGAAGCUUGCCAAGGUGUCUCACAUGACCAGCGAUCGGCGCCAGUGGUGUGCCAUUGCUGUGCUCUUUGCAAUCCUGUUGGUUGUGCUGGUCCUCUUCCUUGUGCUGUGACUGAGGCCUCAGCCGGGAGCCCUUGCUGCAUGUGACCCACAGGGAGUGGGAGAAGCCAGCACCAACUGUCCGCCUUCCUUUCCUGGACACACCUGUACACACAUGCCUUUGUCCAGCCUCUCCAUGUGACCUCAAAGCUCAGCUCCUCCUGGGCACCCCUGUGCCCAGCCUCCCCAUGUGACUCCACAAUUCAACUCCUCCUGGACACGUCUGCCCAGCCUCAUCAUGUGACUCCACAAUUGAGCUCCUCCUGGACAUACCACUACCCAGCCUCACCAUGUAACUCCACAGCUCAACUCCUCAUGGAUACACCUCUACCCAGCCUCCCCAUGGACACGCGUCUACCCAGCCUCCCCGUGUGACCUCACAGCUCAGCUCCCCUGGACACGCCUCUGCCCGGACUCCUUGUGUGACUGUGAUGUAGAUGGCUCCUCCAUCACAGUGCCAGUGGCAGGUCCUGGGGAAAGAGGAGUGAGGAGACUGCACCCUAAAUGGUGGAGCCCCAUGCCUGCACUGCCCUGGGGACAACAGCCACUGCCUAACCUUGCCUGACCUGGCUCCUGAGGAGGCUCCUAGCAGGCCUGUCCCGUGCUGUCUUCUCUGCAGCUGCUCUUAGCUCCCACUGUUCCUGCUCCAGAGAACCUGUGGGUACUUCAGGCCACUUGCUGUGCUUUGUGUCACUGCUAUAGCCUCCUUAGCCCAGGUGCAAAAGGCCCAGAGAGUUCACUUUUCAGGGAUCAGUACGGAGAUGAACUGUUCUAGGUGCAUUUCUUGCGGUGGGAUUAAUGAGUGGAAAAUAAUGAAGCACUCCAAGUUUGGGGUUCUGAAGACUUGAAUUCUGGUUGAUGGGACCUCCCUGGAUGCAGGUUGGGGAGAGCUGGCGAUGUCAUUGGAUGUGAGGGCUAGUGUCUCAGUGACCACCAGGAUGUCUAGGGCCUGGCCAGGUAGGAAGCAGAGUCUUCUCGGUCCCCCCGCAUGGUGGGAGUGAAGCUGUGCCUGUGUAUAUUGCCUUGAUUCACAGAGGGUGAAGAUGAAAAGCGUGGUUUGGGACCAGACUUAGGUUGCAUGUGACGGUGAGGCUGGGGAGGUGGACUUGGCUUGCUUUUUCCCUAGAUGACAGCUGGAUUUUACACAUUCAGACCACUGAGCCAACCCAGACCUAAGUUGAAACUGCGGGGACACAAAGCUUUGGCCUCUGACUUUUUGGAUGCACUCAAGUAGGAGAUAUUUUUAUAGCUUCCCUCACGUUGAGCGGCAACUGGGCUGGAGCCAGAGCUCAGCUCUGGGGGCUGCUGGUCUUGCUUCCCCAGCGUCUUGCCAGAGUUCUCGUCUCAUCUUGUCUUUCUGGGUGCCCUCCCUCACACACUAACUUUGUUCUUUUUUCUUUUUCUCAUUUUGUUUGUAUAUCUCGUGGCUUUGUUUUGGGACUUCCUUUUCCCUUUUAUAUGAUUUGCUAUCAUGUGCUCGCCCAGCUAACUUUUGAAUCGCACUUUUAAAUAAACAUUGUGAGAAUUUUGUAAAAAGG